GGAGGGAGGGAGGGAGGGAGGGAUAGCAAAGCAUUAAGAGAUAGAGGCAGAGUAAGAGAGUCCCUCUCAGAGGCCGGGGCCAUGCAGUGGGCCUGGGUCCUGGGCUUCUUUUUGGCCCUGGGGUCCCUUGGUGCCAGGAGAGACCAGAAGGGCCUGAGGAGGAAGGGGAAGGGAGGCUGGCCAGAUGCCCAGGCCGACCAACAAGACAGGGAGGCUCUUCUGCUUAAGCACUUACAGGAGGCUCUGGAGCUGUCCCCUUUACAAGAGCCAAAAAGCCCCCCUGGAGCUUCUGAGGGGGAGGAGGCCCAGGGAGCCGAAGAGGAGGAGGAACCCACGGGGACUCCCCCCACAAGCCUCCCGCCGUCCCCAACGCCCGAGGACGCCAUUUCCUAUGUUUUGAGCCGCCUGUCGGGGCUGGACUCGGGGCUGCACCAGCUGCACGUCCGGCUGCACGCUCUGGACGCCCGGGUCUCGGAGCUGUCCCGGGGCCUGCAGCUCCUGAGGAAGGAGGCCCGAGAGACCCGGGAGGCCGUGGAGGCCGUGGAGGAGGCCCAGAAGCAGGGCCAGCGGGAGCGCGGGCGGCUGGAGGGCUGCCUGAAAGGCCUCCGCCUGGGCCACAAGUGCUUCCUGCUGCUGCGGGACUUCCAGGCCCAGAGCGCGGCCCAGGCCCAGUGCGCGGCGCGCGGGGGCAGCCUGGCCAUGCCGGCGGACCGGGCGCAGAUGGAGGGCCUGGCGCGCUACCUGAAGGCCGCCCUGGCUCCCUACAACUGGCCCGUGUGGCUGGGAGUGCACGACCGCAGGGCCGAGGCCUCCCUCUUUGAGAGCAGCCAGGCGGAUCUCCUUCAUGCAUGGCACGGACUGACCCCAAGAUGA